GUGAAACUUCACCAGCACCAUCCGUGCAGUGACAGACAGGACAAAGUUGAUGUGGAUAGCACUUUAUCGCAGACCGCUCAACCUUCAGACAGUCUCCUAUACUGGUGGCAUCUGGAGCAGCCCUGUGAAAUACAGUCACAAUGCCUAAAAAUGAAAAGCCAGCCACCAAUGAAGAAAAUGAUGUCAGUGAAGUCAACAAUGAAGAAGACAGUGCAGCUGAGAAUCAAGAAAAUGACAGAGGAGCAGAUAAAGAGAGGAAGAGAGCAAAACCGAGAACCAGAAGGGGACAUGGAAGAGGAAGAGCCAGGCAUGGUGGUGAGGAGGAUGGAGAUGAUGAAGAUGGAACAAGGAGAGCUGGGCAACGCAGGCAGAGAAACCGGAGAGGACGGGGCCGAGCAGGAAAUGAGGGCAGUGAUUCUGAGGGGGAUCCUACAAAAGCCAGAAAGAACCAGGCAAAUCAAAAAUCAAAGGAAGAUGAUGAACAAGAGGAAGAUGAAAAAGGGGGUAAGAGUGGAAAAGGCAAAAAUGAGAAGAAACAGGACAAAAAGGUUGAUAAGAAAGGGAAGAAAGAAAAGGCCAACAAGAAGAAAAAGGACAAAAAGAAAUCAGGAUCUGGCUCUGGUUCUGACUCUGAAGAGGAGCCGAUUACUGAGGAGGAAUUGGCCAAGCUGAAAGAAGAGGUAGAAGAAAAAAAGAAGCUAAUUGCCACGUUACGAAACAAGCCGUGGAAGAUGAAAAAGAAGUUGUCAGUUCUAAAAGAAGCACAGCUUUUUGUUGAAAAAUUUGAAGGUGCUCUUGGAAAAGGAAAGGGAAAAAAGUUCUAUGCUUACAAAGUGAUGAUGACCAAGAAAUGGAUGAAAUUCCAAAGAGAUUUUGAGAAUUUUAAGACAGCCUGCAUACCUUGGGAGAUGAAAAUUAAAGAGAUUGAAAGUCACUUUGGCUCAUCGGUAGCAUCUUAUUUCAUAUUCUUACGCUGGAUGUAUGGAAUAAACAUGAUUCUCUUUGGGCUGACGUUUGGACUUGUAAUGAUUCCUGAGGCUUUGAUGGGAAAGCCAUAUGGCUCUUUACCUAGAAAAACUGUUCCAAGAGCUGAAGAAGCAACGGCUAUGAACUUUGCUACUCUUUGGGAUUUUAGUGGCUUUGCACAGUAUUCUGUGCUUUUUUAUGGUUAUUACAAUAACCAGAGGACAAUUGGAUGGCUCAAGUUCAGGAUGCCUCUUUCCUAUUUCCUUGUUGGUGUUGGAACUAUUGGCUACAGCUUUAUGAUUGUCAUUCGAACAAUGGCAAGGAAUGCAAAUGAAGACGGUGGUGGGGAUGAUACUAGCUUUAAUUUCAGCUGGAAAAUGUUCACAAGCUGGGACUACCUGAUUGGCAAUCCUGAGACAGCAGAUAAUAAGUUUGCUUCUAUCACUACCAGCUUUAAGGAAGCUAUUGUGGAGGAGCAGGAGAGCCGAAAGGAGGAAAAUAUUCACUUGACUCGGUUCCUGAGGGUGCUUGCUAAUUUCUUAGCCCUGUGCACACUUGCUGGGAGUGGCUACCUCAUAUUUUUUGUUGUGAGAAGAUCCCAGAAAUUUGCCCUGGAAGGUCUGGAGAACUACGGGUGGUGGGAAAGAAAUGAAGUAAACAUGGUCAUGUCACUUUUGGGAAUGUUCUGUCCAACCUUAUUUGAUGUAAUCAGUUCUCUGGAAAACUACCAUCCUCGAAUAGCUCUAAGAUGGCAGCUCGGACGCAUAUUUGCUCUUUUUCUUGGCAAUCUCUACACUUUCAUUAUUGCCCUAAUGGAUGAAAUCAAUCUCAAGUUGGAAGAGGAAAAGAUAGUCAAGUAUAACAUGACAAUAUGGGAAGCCAGUCUAUACAAUGGCACUAUUCCAGAAAAUUCAACUGCUCCUCCAAUACAGGUGGACCCUGCAGAUGUUCCCAGAGGACCCUGUUGGGAAACAAUGGUAGGCCAGGAAUUUGUACGGCUGACAGUCUCUGACACAAUGACAACAUAUAUCACAAUUCUAAUUGGUGAUUUCUUGAGAGCUGUCUUUGUUAGGUUUUUCAAUUACUGCUGGUGCUGGGACUUGGAAUAUGGAUUUCCAUCAUAUUCAGAAUUUGAUAUAAGUGGGAAUGUGCUUGGACUGAUAUUUAAUCAAGGCAUGAUCUGGAUGGGAUCUUUUUAUGCUCCAUGUCUCCCAGCAAUCAAUGUGUUCCGACUUCAUACUUCAAUGUACCUGCAAUGCUGGGCAGUGAUGUGCUGCAAUGUUCCCCAAGAGAGAGUCUUCAAAGCCUCCAGAUCAAACAACUUCUACAUGGCCAUGUUGCUUUUCAUUCUCUUUCUUUCUACACUGCCUGCUGUGUACACCAUUGUCUCCAUUCCACCAUCUUUUGACUGUGGCCCUUUCAGUGGGAAAACAAGAAUGUUUGAAGUCAUAUCAGAAACUCUGGAGCAUGACUUCCCUUCUUGGUUUGGGAAGGUAUUUGGUUAUGCCUCUAACCCUGGACUCAUCCUACCUUUUAUAUUACUGAUGGUCCUGAGUAUUUAUUAUCUCAAUGCUACAUCCAAGUCUUACAAGGAAGCUAACCUGGAACUUAAAAAGAAACUACAAAGUCAAGCAGAAGAAAAUAAAAGAAGAAAUAAACAAAAGGCGCAAAAAUCAAAUGAACAAGAGGAAAAUCCAUUUGAGACAGAGCCACCACAGUCAAAGCAAAAAGGAGGCAAGCAAGAUGAAUCUACUGCAAAUCAAGAUAACAAGAAAGAACAGAGUAGCAAUGAAGCAAAAACAACAGGUCAGCCACAGGAAGCAAGUUCCUCUCAGGCACCACAGCAUCCAGGCGCUGCCCCGAAUGGCCACUAUCCACCACAGGGCAGAGGAGGAAACCUUCCUCCCCCACCCAUUGCUGUGACUCGGCCACCGGGGCCACGAGGAUAUGCAGCACCAGGCUAUCCACCUGGGCACCCACGCUUUCCAGGAGUACAGCCAGGAAUGCCCAGAGGCCCUCCCCACUACAGAUAAGGAAGCUGUCUGUCUUUUUCUGCUACGUUAUAAGAUGCAGGACACCGAAGGAGACAGGAGUGAUCUUGACUCACAAAAAAACUCCUUGAAGUGCAGGACUCUGCUCUGUUUAUUAUAAAUCUUCAUCUGCAUAUUCAUGUGCUUCAGUUUUUGUGGGAUGGAACUUUCCAGCAGAAAAAAAAUGCAUCUGUCUAUUUGCUUUUAAAGAUAUUGCAAAAAAUGUGUUAGC